AUAAAAAGGAUAAAACUGCUAAAAGAACAGAAACAAAAACAGAGACUAGAACAGGGGGAGAGAGAGAGAGAUCUAAGUUGAGUUGAAGUUCCGAGUCAAGAGCCGAGUUAGGUCACGUCACUCCCUUUCUCUCGUCUUGUCAGCAUUAAUUCUCAGAGACAAAUCCUAACCGUUAGAUCCCAUUGUCCUCAACCGUUUGAUUCUUUUCUCUCUCUCCCUCUCUCAAUUUGAAGAACGAUGCAGUCUUUCACGCAAAAAAAAUAAAAAGAGCUGCAAACUUUGAAACGCAACGAUCGGGUCGGAUUUCGGGUACUUUGUUUUCUUGUACGAAUUGGUGAUUUUCAUCAGAUUUGAGCUUUGUGGCAGGUUGAUUACAGUGUAUUGAGCUCGAGAUCACUUGAUUGAAGUGUGAUUUAGAGUUUGGAAGCUUAGAGAAAAAAAUGGAAGAAAGUUGGGCAACUUGUGGGAAAUGAGUGGUUGUGGUCUAAUUUAGUAGUUUGACUUUGAAGUUUUGGUGAUAUUUGAUCUCUUCCAUUUGGGCACAAUUUGGUUUCUUAGAAAAGUUUGAUCUUGAUUUGUGGUAGAAUUAGGGCCGAAUAGUAGAAAAGCCACUUGAUCUAAGUAGGUGUUUUCUACUGAGUAAAGCCCUAAUCGCAGUGAAGUGUUUUUGACAUGCCAAGAAAUGGAACACAGUUUAUAAAUUAGAGAUAAAAUAGAAUUUUAAAAAUAGAUAGUCAAUGGAAGCAUUCUCCAAGUAUGCCCACAGUCCUGCCCACAUUGCAGUUGCACGGCGCGAUUAUGCAGCCUUAAGGCAUGUUAUUUCAACCCUCCCACGACUAGCUAAGGCUGGUGAAGUUAAUACAGAAGAAGAAUCUCUUGCUGCUGAGGAACGAGCUGAUGCUGUUUCUGCUGUUAUUGAUCGCCGAGAUGUUCCUGGCCGUGAGACUCCUUUGCAUCUUGCUGUUAAAUUGCGAGACCCUAUCUCUGCAGAAAUUUUGAUGGCAGCUGGUGCAGAUUGGAGUCUGCAGAAUGAACAUGGUUGGAGUGCUCUUCAAGAAGCAGUUUGCACAAGAGAGGAACGAAUUGCAAUGAUAAUUGCUCGGCAUUAUCAGCCUCUUGCUUGGGCAAAAUGGUGUCGUAGGCUUCCACGUAUUGUUGCCUCAGCUAGUCGCAUUCGUGACUUUUACAUGGAGAUAACUUUUCAUUUUGAAAGUUCAGUCAUCCCAUUUAUUGGUCGCAUUGCCCCAUCAGAUACUUAUCGCAUUUGGAAGCGUGGUUCUAACCUUCGUGCUGACAUGACCCUUGCUGGAUUUGAUGGUUUUCGCAUCCAAAGGUCAGAUCAAACAUUUCUAUUCUUGGGGGAGGGAUACUCUUCGGAGGAUGGUAAUACAUCUUUGCCACCAGGUUCUUUGAUAGUUCUUGCACAUAAGGAAAAAGAAGUUACUAAUGCUUUGGAGGGGGCUGGUGCCCAACCAACCGAAGCGGAAGUUGCCCAUGAAGUGGCAUUAAUGUCUCAAACUAAUAUGUACAGACCAGGGAUUGAUGUCACUCAGGCAGAGCUUGUUCCUCAUUUGAAUUGGAGGCGACAAGAGAGGUCAGAGAUGGUUGGAAAUUGGAAGGCAAAAGUUUACGAUAUGCUUCACGUAAUGGUAAGUGUGAAGUCAAGGCGGGUUCCUGGUGCGAUGACGGAUGAGGAGCUUUUUGCUGUGGAUGAUGAAGAAAAAUUGGUAAAUGGUGCUGAUAAUGAUGAGUUUGAUGAUGUAUUGACAGCAGAGGAGAGGAAGCAGUUGGAUUCUGCCCUUCGUAUGGGGAGUUCAGAUGGCCUUUGUGAGGAUGAGGAGCCUGGGGUCAUUGAGUUCCAAGAAAAUGGUUCAGGAGGUUCCUAUGAAAAUGGGGAAUCUAAUGGUUCCAUUAAAGAGAAGAAAAGUUGGUUUGGUUGGAAGAACAAAGGUCCAAAGAAUAAUAAUGAUGAUCCUGAAGAUACAAAGAUCUUGAAGAAGUUUUCUAAGUUGGCGCCUGAAGGUGGGACCCAAAAAUCUGUUGAUAAUCAAAGAUCAUCAUCUGAGUUUUCUAGGGCUGAGGAUUUGGGGGAUGGGAAGAAGGGAAAGGAUAAAGGCAGCAAGAAGAAAAAGAAGAAAGUGCCUGGUAGUGAGUCCAAGCAUGAGAGUGAAUACAAGAAGGGGUUAAGACCUGUCUUGUGGUUGACACCAGAUUUUCCUUUGCAAACUGAUGAGCUCCUGCCUUUACUUGAUAUAUUAGCCAACAAGGUUAAGGCUAUUAGAAGGCUUAGGGAGCUUUUGACAACUAAACUACCUCAAGGAACAUUUCCUGUCAAGGUUGCGAUCCCUAUUGUCCCAAGUAUUCGGGUGCUUAUUACUUUUACAAAGUUUGAGGAGCUUCAGCCAGUGGAGGAGUUCUCAACCCCUCUUUCCAGCCCAGCACAUUUCCAGGAUGCCAAAUCAAAGGAAUCAGAAGGGUCCAUAUCAUGGAUUUCAUGGAUGAGAGGGAGUAACGGUGGCCAAUCAAGUGAUAGUGAUAGUCACAGGUAUAAAGAUGAGAUUGACCCAUUUCACAUACCAUCAGACUAUACAUGGGUUGACGCCAAUGAGAAGAAGCGCCGCAUGAAGGCCAAGAAGUCCAAGAGCAAGAAACACAGAAAACAGCCAGUAGCCAGAGGUGGGGAUGGUGGAGCACAUCAUUUGAGUGAAGAGGUGGAAGAAUAAUUGCAUGAACUAUCUUGAGGAACUUUGCACCGUCGAAAUCAUUUGCAAGGAAAAAAGAGAUGGUAGGGCGCUGCUUGCUGAUCUGACUUCCAUUCUUCUUUCAGUCCAGGCACUGGAUGAUUUACAAGAUAUUUGUUAGGCAAUCACUUCUUGUUGAUUGUGAAGACUGUUGUCUUCUUCUGUUGUAUUGUUAGGUGAUGUGAAAUUGAAGAGGAGCGAAGUCCCCCUUUUCCCCAUCUAAGUAUCUUAUUUUCAUUCGUUAUGACCUUAAUCUUUGUAUCAAAAAUCAGCUGCUUAUCAAGCUUAACACAUUUUGUGAUUGUUAUUCUUUUUCCGUUGGUCAUUUUCACCAGCACUUACGUUUUUGGAAUGGAGAAUUGAUGGCAUUUUUUCUUUUUA